AAUAAUAAGGAACAAAAGGAAAAAAAAAACAUACAUGGAUGUGACAAUAAUAUUAUUCAAAAUAGGAACAAUUUUGAAAAAAAGAAAAAAACGAAUUUUUACAAUAAUAACAAUAUUGUUAUAGGAAAUAAUAAUAUAGGAAAUAAUAAUAUAGGAAAUAAUAAUAUAGGAAAUAAUAAUAUAGGAAAUAAUAAUAUAGGAAAUAACAACAGUCCCCGUAUGAAAUAUGGUUUAUGUGGUAGUCACACAAGUAUUGAUAAUAUGAAAGAUAAUCAAAUGAAAGGUAAUCAUAUAAAAAGUAAUAAUAAUAAUAAUAAUAAUAAUACUAGUAUUAGUAGUAGUAAUAAUAUUUAUAAUAAUAUUAAUGAUGAUGAUACAUUUCAAAAUGAUUAUUGUCACAAUGACAAUACCUUUAGUAUUAGAAGAAAAAACAAUACUAAUAUAAAUAGUAACAUAUACAACAAUGAUGAUAUAAUUUAUACAAUAAAUAGUUUAAAUGAUUAUAUGAGCAAUACCUUAUUACAUUUUAAAGAGAAAUAUACAUAUCCAACACUAAGCACAAAUGAAGAUAUAUAUAAUAAAGGAAUGGAAGGAACACAUAUUAGACUGGAUGAUCGAGAUAAAUAUGAUAAUAACGAAGUUGAUGAUAAUGAAAAUCGUGAUUACAUUAAUAAUAACAAUAGUAGUAAUAAUAAUGAUAAUGAUAAUAAUAAUAAUAAUAAUUAUUAUUAUGAACAUAAUGAGGAUGAUUUUAAAAAUAAUAAUAAUAAUAAUGUUGAUAAUAAUAAUAAUGUUGAUAAUAAUAAUAAUAAUGUUGAUAAUAAUAAUAAUAAUGUUGAUAAUAAUAAUAAUAAUGUUGAUAAUAAUAAUAAUAAUGAUAAUAAUAAGGUUGAUAAUGAUGAUGAUGAUGAUGUAGAUUUUGAAAAUAUAAAAAAUUUUAAUAAUAAUGAAUAUCUUAGCUACUUUCAAAAAAAUGUAGAUACAAUAAUAAAUAAUUGCUUAAAUUCCUUAGAUAUUACUAGUAUGUAUGAUGAUACAAAAGAGAUACUAAAUAAUAUUCUAUUAUCUAAAUAUAAAGCUGAUAAAGAUAAUGUUAUAAAAAAAUAUAUUAAUGAAGAUAUAAAAAAUAUGUCUUUAGAAGAAAUCGAUAAAACAGCUCAGUUAGUUUAUGAAAAGAGAAAAGUAUUACUUACAAAAUUAUUAUUAUUAUUUAAAAAAAAUGUAGAUACACAAAUAAAUAAUGAAACAAGUGAUUUAAGAAAAGAUCUUGUAAUGUGUCACAUAUGUAAUAAUAAUCCUGAUGAUCAAUUUCAUUUUUAUGCAUAUAGUAGACUAGAAAAAGAUAUUAUUAAUUUAAUUAUGUUAAGACAAAUAUGGUGUGAAAGUGAAAACUUAAGACUCUUAUAUCAAUUCUUAGUAGUAGAAUAUCAAAAUAAAUCAGCAAAUUCUAUUUUAUUAAAUAUCUCUUCAAAUAAUGGUGAUAUUAUAUUACUUAAUAAAAAAUUGCUUCAAGAUAACAUCAAAAAUUGUAUGGACCACAACAAUAUACACAAAAAAUAA